GCGUGCGUAGCGUCGCUUCCGGGUGACUUCUAGAGAAAUCCUUUGCUUUUUCGUAUUUUAAUCGAGUAAAUCUAAAAGCUCCGGGUUGGGAAAAGGUUCGAAACAUGAACAGAAUAUUCGGACGCGGGAAGCCCAAAGCGCCUCCUCCGAACCUGUCGGACUGUAUCAGUACCGUGGAUGCCAGAUCAGAAUCCAUCGAGAAGAAAAUCGGGCGGCUGGACGCCGAGCUGCUGAAGUACAAAGAUCAGAUGAAGAAGAUGAGAGACGGACCCUCCAAGAACAUGGUGAAGCAGAAGGCCAUGAGGGUCCUGAAGCAGAAGAGGAUGUAUGAAGGUCAGAGGGAGCAGCUGGCUCAGCAGUCCUUCAACAUGGAGCAAGCCAACUACACCAUCCAGACAUUAAAGGACACCAAAACUACUGUGGAGGCCAUGAAGAUCGGAGCGAAGGAGAUGAAAAGGGCUUACAAAGACGUCAAACUCGAUCAGAUCGACGAUCUCCAGGACCAGCUGGAGGACAUGAUGGAGGAGGCGGGGGAGGUCCAGGAGUCCCUGAGCCGCAGCUACGGCACCCCAGACAUCGAUGAGGAGGACCUGGAAGCCGAGCUGGACGCUCUGGGCGACGAGCUGCUGCUGGACGACGACAGCUCCUACCUGGACGAGGCUUCAGCGGCUCCGUCCAUCCCGGAGGGGAUCCCCAGUGACAGCAAGACCAACAAGGACGGCGUGUUGGUGGACGAGUUCGGCCUGCCGCAGAUUCCCGCCACAUAAACUUGGAUGCACAACAGAGACUGCACUUCAACUGAAACCACUUUUCUAUGUAGAGAGACGUUUCUACAUGCAAACCUUUGAGCGGAGAACACUACGACUGUGCCGCCGUCCUCGUGUUGUGUUACAGCUUUUGUGUUGGCGCGUGGCCUUAUCACUCUUCAAACCUUCUGCCCGUUUUUCUGAUUUUCUCAUCAGUUUAUCAGUGUUAACAUUCAUUUAUUUCACAUCCUUACAGGUUUUUGUGUUAGAUGUCGUUUAUUUGUGGCCGGCAGGGCCGCACAUAAAUCAGAAUAAAUUUGAUUUAACAAAA